UUUAAAUGUUUUAACGUCCACACGUAUUUCCUUUUGUCUCCAGUCUUUGAGACGAGCCCUUUAACUACGCGUGUCCCGCGAUCUAUUUUGGUGAAAACUAUUUGUUUUUUCGAUAAUUUAUCAAGUUAUUUGUCCAUCUCACACUGACAGCACGCUGCGUAGUAUCUUACGCAGACAUUAACUGUACCUACGGAUCUUUGAAAAUACGCGUGACGGAUUUCGUCUCUCAGACAUCUAGUCUUAGGUUUAAAUAAAUACUAUAGAUUCAUAUAUAUAUUUUUAAAUAUUUAUUUAUUGUUAUUUUAGUAGUUUAAGUGUUAAGUUUAGUUUUUGACUCGUUAACCGCCAUUUUGUUGUGCCGUGUCACGUGUGAACUUUUUCGAGUUUACGUCAUGGUGAGCAAGGAUCCACCACCGGCGAACGAAACCAUGAAGAAGGGCCGUCGUAAAAGACGCAGGGCCGGUAAGAGAGCGUCUAGGAGGCGCUCAAGCAAGACAUCGGCAGCCAUGGCCGUGGCAGCAGCCGUGAGCUAUGAGAAGUACACUUCUCCCAUGAAAUGUGCAGUUCACGCUUUCCUGCUGCGUUACCAAACUUCCUUGAGGAAGGUCCCGACCAGCCUACCCCCGAAGGUCCACGCCGGCCCGCCGACGAAAAGAGUCAAGCGUGUAUCAUGGUGUCACGAAGAAAACGGUGUGUCGAGUGGCGGCGGUGAUCCGGCAGUACUCGCCGUGGGACCAGCUCGGAAACCUCUCACGUAUACUCGAGAGGAGCUGAUGAAGCUGAGGAAUUCUCCGCUCGUCAAACGGAACUUGGAGAAGGCGUUCGUUGGCUGUGACGCUUUGGCGCUAGUCUUGAAGAAACGGUCCGAAUCGCCUAACGAAGAUGACCGAGGCACCAAAAGCGAUGCUCCCAAUGAAAAUCAUAAUAAUAGUAAUAGUAAUAAGGGCGUAUACGGUCGUGGAGGUCGCGCGGCCGACCCGCGCGAGCGCGUGCGGCGGGAGAGCGAGGCGAGCGCGGGCGGCAUCGUGCUGUCCCCGCAGCGCCGCUCGUUCACGUCGGGGUGCGGCGCGCCCGCUCCCCGCGCCGCCUCCCCCGCCCCCGCGCCCCCGGGUAACGCCCCCAACGCGCACGCACACCAGAAAACCGAACAAGCGGGUCGUCGUAUAGGUUCGGGUCGUAUCAUGGUGCGCGAGGCGGGCGGGGUGGGGGGAGCGGGAGGGCCGGGCGGCGCGGCCUGGGAGGAGCCCGAGUACCGACCGGAGCCCUACCGACCGCCGAGGGAACGACAGAAUGCUGACAGGUACGAACGUCGUUCGUUCGGUCGCGACUCCUACCCCUCGGAUCUGAAGCGAGAACGCGACGACCGCUUCAACAACGACAAGAUCAGGGACAGAGACGAGCCCCGCAGGAAUAACCGAUACAACCAGCGCCGAUACGACAAGGAAGAGGAACCCGAGUGGUUCAGUGGGGGACCGACGUCUCAACUGGAGACCAUCGAGCUUCGCGGCUUCGACGAUCCGCCCAAGAAGAACGGGACCGCCAGCGAAAAGGAGACCGAUAAGCGCAGCAACAGCGGCGGCUCGCGGUCUCCGUCGGAGCGGUGGCGCGAGACGUCCUCGCCCCUGUCGCAGCCCACCAUCGACUCUGUCAAUACCAGCAAUGACAAGGAUUCAGGAGUGGAGUCGAAGACGGAAGACGUUCAUCAGAACAACGACCAGCCGGAGUUCAACCUGGACGAGUUCCUCAAGUUUGACACGAUUCCUGAUGUACUCACGAACGGCGGAAGCGAAACCGAAGGCGGAAGUCGUUUUAGUCAAUGGUUCAGACGGGAGAGUCCGACAAACGACAAGCAUUACGAGAGACUGCUCCACAAUAUUGUCGAUGAGCUGGAGAGUCCGCCGCCGCGCGAGGCCGUGUUCGCGCCCAUCGCGCCCGCCGCCCCGCCCCGCGCGCCCCCCUCGCUGCUCGACCUGCUGCUGCGCGCCAACGACGCCCGCCCAGAGGCGACAUCGAUUGGCGGCAAGGUGCAUAGUCUCGAAGAGUUGGAGGCUCGACUUCGGCCGCAGCCGGUACAGCAUCACAACGUUCCCGACCACGAUCUCACUGCAUUUAAACGACUCCUGGCGCAGGUGUCGGGCGGACACGCGGUGGCAGCCGGCGACCCUCCGCGUCAUCAACCCAUGACCUUACUGCAGAUGCUGAAUAAAAGCAUGGAGCAGCAACAGCAGCAACAACAACAACAGCAACAGCAACAACAACAGAAGGCUCAGCAACAACAACAACAACAACCGCAUAUACCUCAAGAGCUCCUAUACAAGCUCUUACAAGUCCAACAGCUGACCAAUACUGACGAGCAUCCCGCCCAUACCAUGCGACCGCAGCAGCCGCCGGACCUGCCGGCCCACGGAGCCGUCAUCACGCCCUCGGACCGCGAGCUGCUACAGAGGCCCGAAGCUCAGGCGAUCGUGCACGGCUUAAAAGCUGGCGAGAUCACGGUCCAGCACCUGAUGCAGCAGCUCAGCAACCCGGGCCUGCAGAGCAGACACCGCGAGAUACUUCUCACCAUCCUACGUUUGCAUCACCAAAAAAGACAGAUGAGUUCCCCCCUCCCGUGCGGCGCGCACCUCGCCCCCCCGCCGCACCAGCCGCUGCGCCUGUCGCCCCUGCCGCACCAAGCGUUCUGUGUGUCCCCAAUAAUGGCGACCAGUCCGAACACGCUGACGGUACAUCACACAGCGAGCGGCCCCGCGCGCAUCCCGUCCCCGCGCGAGCUGGCCGCGCACACGCAGUCCAUCAUGCACAGCGCGCUCAUCAAAAAGAAGCUGGAGGAGCAGCGCGAGAACUACCGCCGCCGACACGAGAUGCAGCAGCUCCAGCAGCAACAGCAGCAGCAGCACGUCAAGCAGUCGACGCCGAUUUCCUUCACGCCGACAUCCGUGCUACGUAAGAUGACAGCUGAGAAGGAAUCCGACUCGCCGAGCCCUAAACAGUGGCAGUCCAACAAGAUACCGCAGGGACGACCCAUUGUCAAGGGGAACCAAAGCGGCCCCGUUCCUAUGAACUACAAUCCUGUGUCGAACGAUUACCAACACUAUAUGAACCAACAGCAGCAAAUGCCCGGCGGCGUCCGUCAGUUUCCCCUUCAGCAGCAAAGACAGCAAGGACCCAAUACGUAUAAUAACAUUAAUAACAUGAACCGAGGUAUGUCCGGUGGAACCACUCUGCAUCAGCUGCUCGUUCAGUCGCACCAGCGAAGCAUGAAUGAGCUGGGUGGGGGCGGCGCGGCGGGCGGCGACAACCAGCUGGCGCGGUGGUUCUCCCCGGAGUUGCUGGCACGUGCCUCGGCCGGGAAGCUGCCCUCCGUGCACGUGCCCAACGCGCUCUCGCUGGAGGAGCUGGAGCGACACCACGCGCCAACCCCUCCCGCGCGCAACUGAACCCGCCCUGCAAUACAUCGAAACAACUGAACCACACCACACGGCUCUCCGUCGUAAACAUCACUGCUCUGUAUGCUCAGUGCGAGUUUUUUAACGUUCUCGAUAGCGUAAAAGUUAACUCUAAUUUGUAUGCAUUUGGAACAGCGCCCCUAGCGGCAAACGUAGGCAAACGUUGCAGCUUUGUAGCGUUUUUAACGCUCUCAAUAGCGUAAAAUUUAAAUUUGUAUGGAGUUGUAACGUUGGCCGCUAGAGGCGUUGUUUUAACAGCAUACAAAUUUGAGUUAACUUUUACGCUAUCGAGAACGUUAAAAAAAAGUUUACUCUAAUCUGUAUGGGGUUGAAACGUUUACCUACGUUUGCCGCUAGAGGCGCUGUUUUAGCUGCAUACAAAUUUGAGUUAACUUUUACGCUAUCGAGAUCGUUAAAAAACGAACACUAAGCACACUAGUAUUAGAAUAUAACAGCGGACUUAGGUUGCGACUAGAUAAUUGACGACCUUUUUUGUUGAUCUCUAAAACGUUUAAUACUGUAUCGUAACAAAGCAAGAUCGUUCACUUUUGAACACACAAAAAUUGCCGAAUAUUGAAAUGUUUAUCGUAUGUCAAAACAACAAUGCGUUUAGUGUUUAAUGUCAUAUAAGAAAAUUGUGCUGCUGUAUUCUAUACGGGUGAGUUCACAGAAUCGAAUUGUUUCUCAAUCCAACAACGUUUACUAAUUUUUACACUACGAUUAUUAUUAUUAUUUUUCGACUAUCAAAAGUAAACGGCUACGGAAGAAAUACCGCCUUUUUAGUAUAACAAACUUUGAGAAGCUACGGAAAGAUUGGAAAGACUAAAAAUGAACAGAAAGACAUGUGAUGUGUGUCGUCUCGCAUUACGAUAAAACUAUGGACGAUUACGAAGAUUGACGACCGUAGCAUUACAGUUGAUUCGGUUCAAUUUGAUAUUGUAAAUGCCAUUAAUUGAAUUGAAUACAGCCUUAGGUCUCAUUCGCACUAGAGUUUUUUUUAGCGCUCGUUAAAAAAUCGUUCAAAUAGAACAUUCAUUUCCUAGUGUAUGUUCAUAUGUCAGCGCUUUUUUAUCCCGCAGUAUUGCAUUUUGAGCGCCAAGCGUUGUGCGUUACGGAUUACACGUCACAUCGAGAAAGUUAUAAAAGCGCCAACGCCGAGUUUUAACGCGACGUUUUUAAAACGCCCGUGCGAAUGAGGGCUUAUUAAUGGUGAAACAUAGGAAGCGUAAAUAAUAAUGGCUGUGAUUGACCAAUGGGCGGCCACUCGGAUUAGUCUAUUCGUGCUACGUCAUUAACGAAUUUAAGGGGUCCUUUGUCAGCGUGAACAGUCUAGAAGUGAUGACGUCACGGAACGUUCUCCCUCCCACUGUUAUCGUCGAGAAUAGGGAUGUUGAAAUUAUCGAAAUUUUUGCUCAAUUUAAAGACUUAACGUUUUGUUGUUGUUCACCUAUCGAUUUUUCUUGUACGCUUUCAAAAGCUCCCGCCGAACGCUAAAAGCUAAGAAUUAACGUCCCUGACAAGAAAUGUUUUUAAAUUGAGUAAUGUAUUAUUUUUUUUUCGGAAUUUGUAAACAUCCCCGUGAUUGAGAAUAAUGUUUUUCAAAUGACGUAAUGUGCAUUUUGAGGUACGGGUGUCCGCUCGAUAGUGUUCAGUGUGUUUAAAAGCUUGGAAUUGUCGAUGAAAAUUUGAAAACACAAUAAAAAAAUUCAGACUAGUACAACGAGACUGAUCGUACAAUUAAUUGUUUGUAAUCAUCGAAAUACUAUUUAAAAAAAAUAAUAAUACAUAAAUAUAAAUUUAAGAAAUGUACUUAAACUAUAAAACUUGUUAAAUGUUAAACAUUAUUAGAUAGAUUAAAUGUACGUAUUGAUGUCUCGUCGGUCACGAAUUGAGAACUUUUUGGCGGUUUUUUUUUCGAAUCAAACUGUUUUUUUUUUUUAAUUUAGCCUCUACUAAAAAUUUUAAUGAGCUAUUCGGUUAUAUUGAAUAUAUUUUUUAUUAAUCACAUUGAAUAAAUAUCAAGUAUAAAUAUGAGAGUAUGGCAACCCUAACUGGUUUUCCGGAAGCGGCAUCGUUCGGAAACCGGUUACCAUGGUUACCGCGUUACACACAAAUCGCGUCCAAAUUUAACCGUUUCCUUUUCUAGCUUUUAAACGAACUCACACUAGUACCGUCCCAAGCCAAAAAAAAAAAUACAUUAGCAAUAACAGAGUCAUUGACGUGACUGUCUUAAAAUUGUAAUGUCAAACGGAAAUUUGUAACGUUCCGAGUCCGAUAUGAAUGUGCUCGCAUCACGAAUAGUCAAAUGAAUAAAUAGAAAUUGUAAUUUGGUGAAAAAUGAGUGGUUCCUUAAAUAUUAUAUUGUAAAACCACCAUUUGGUUGACUGUUGAUUGAGGUUUUUGAGUGAAUCGAUAUGUCGAAGAGAAAGAUGAAGCAAUAAUUUAAAAUAAAUCUCAAGCGCGGUUCGUGUCUUAUUUAAUGUCGUGUUUUUUUUAUCUGAAUAUUUAAAAAAAAACAAUCCAGUCAAAUGUAAUUCAGUGGUAUUUUUCUUUUCUUCUUUAAACAUACAAUAAAGUCGACGAAUUUAAAAAUGAUUAUGAUAAAUUAAUAAACAAAACGAAAUUUUCAUAAAAAUACCACUGAAAAUAUUCAGUUCAUAGUCACUCACACCGAUCCAAAUAUCGAUACUGAACAUCGAUUUUAUAAACAACCGAGAACGAUUGUAAUCGAUUUAUAUAUCGAUAUCGAAAAGAAUGUUUAAAUGUUUUGAUAGUACAAAUACAAUCAUUAAUGUGUUCUCCGUUAGAAAAAAAAAUAUAUAUAUAUAUAAAUAAUCGAAUUGACAAACAAGAAAAUAGGAGGAAAAUUUGAUAGCGUUUCCGCUCAAUUCGAGCUUCCGUAUUUAAGCUCCUACGAAACUAAAUGUAUAUAGAGAGCUCAACAAAAUUGUAUGUAUAUUGAAUCGAUUAAACGUGGGCCUAGGGAAUUUAAAAAAAAAAAAAAUCGUCUAUGCAAUUGACUGACUGGCAGCCGACUGACGGGUGUUCAAUAAAACUUUUUGGUGUAUUCAUUUCUAGCGCGUCUCGUAUUCGGCUUUGAGGUGUGUUAUUGUUCUAGGAUAAACGUUAUUAUUUGUCGAAUCUGUCGGCUGCCUCGUCCGGGGCGACCUGAUUUUAGACCGGUAUUUUUUUGUUUUGUUCUCUAUGUAAUCCCGGGAAUUCGAAACGUCCGACUGUACACCGGGAAAUAUGUCCGGGUUUGUGUUUUUUCGUGAAAUACGUUUAGUUUUCGACGGGUUUGAGUCCCUUCCUGUAAAUAUAUCGGGUCGGUGAAAUCUGUGUUUCGUCACCUGACUGCGGGAUACUCGGUCGGUCGAGCUAAUAACGUCUGAGAUAAAAUGCCGACUUUGGAGCUAAUAUAGUCUAUGGUGUAUAAUUUUUUUUUUAAAUAUUGAUCAAGGGAAUAAGAUUUUGAUGCAAGCAAUUGUUUUUCGAAGUUGACUGCUGAAAAUUAGCGACGUGUUUUAACUGAGCGGUUAAAAAUUUUAACGCAGACGAGAAUCUUAGCUCCGACUUCGUCAAAUAUACGUUUUUGUAUGUCCACGGUUGUGUUUCUAAGCAUUUGUUACCGAGUCAUUUGUCGGGAGGAGAAAGAUUUAUGUUGAAUAUAUAUAUAUAGAAAAAAUAAAGAUGAAUAUUAUGUCCUUAUACAUUUGCGAGAUGAGAGGCGACAGAUAGCUACCGUUUCGCUUAGGGCGGCUCGUGUGACGCGCGUAUCCGCCGCACAAGCGUAAGGUAAACUCAACUUAACUACCUACGUGCUUGUGUUCAAAUUCUCGUGAUAUAUUUUUUAUGGAUUUUUACGAAACGCUCAUUUGGAAUUAACGAAGCUGUGAACGUUAAUUUUUUUCUCGUUUCGACCGGUCGGCGUGUUUCCGGGGGAGGAAGGGAGCGAGGUAGGUUGGGAGGGGGUGUUGUCAAUUAGCUAAGCGCGGCUGGGCCACAGCGCCUACGCGAACGCCCCCCGUGUCUCGUCCCGCUAAAUAUCAAGCGAUUUGUGUUAUGUAUUUAAAAAACGCGCACGCCUGUGAAUUAGGACAGCGUUAGGCGUGCAAUCGAUAAGCGGCGAGCGUUUUGACGAGAGCCGCGCGUCGUCGGGCGGAUAUGUUUUUAACGUUUUGCGAUACCGAGGUUUUGAAAUGGAUUUGAAAAUACUCUUUUUAGAAAUCAUGAAUUGAUUGUGUUCUUUUGUUUGUUUGUCUUCUUUUUUUUUGUUUUUUUUUUUUUUUGUUCUUGGUUGAUUUUCGCUACGAAGGACGACGCGAGCGGCGCAUUAGAUGCGAGCUGUUUCCAGGUACACUUGCGUAGUUCGAACGUUGUGGUUGUAAUUUCAGUUCACUUGAUCCCUGAAUACGAACGAGCGGCUAUCCGCGUUCGUUCGUUCGAAACACAAAAAGAAUAUGUCUCCUGUAAGCUUUAAAUUAUUGAUUAAAAACAAAUUUAAAGUUG